AUGUAUAAGUAUUUUGUUGCAUUGCCCAGUAUUACCCUGCUUUAUUUAUCCUUCCUCAUAGUUUUAAUACUACCUCAAUCCCUUGCCAAAGCAGCUUCAGUAGCCACCACUCCUGUCAAUCGGGCAUUGCCUAAUGCGCCCAACGGAUACACCCCUGAAGGCGAGACCUGCCCUUCGAAUCGGCCCUCAAUCCGAAAUGCCACUGCCCUAUCGAGCGCCGAGACGUCCUGGCUGAAAACCCGAAGAAACAAAACCAGAGACGCGCUGAAAGCGUUUCUCAGCCGAGUCGACUUCGGUUCUUUUAAUGGAUCUGACUAUAUUGAUAACCAUUCGGGUAAUACGUCCGCCUUGCCCAAUAUCGGGAUUGCAGUAUCUGGCGGUGGCUACCGAGCCUUGAUGAAUGGCGGAGGUGCGCUGCAGGCGUUUGAUAAUCGGACCACGAACUCGACUCUCAAAGGCCAAAUGGGGGGUAUCCUACAGUCGGCUACUUAUCUGUCGGGACUAAGUGGUGGGGCCUGGUUGGUUGGGUCAAUGUAUAUGAACAAUUUCUCGGAUGUAUCGUCGCUGCGGGACAAUGGUUCCGUGUGGCAGUUUCAGGACUCUAUCUUCAGUGGUCCGACUCAAAGUACGGCAUGGAGCAUCAGCACGGCGAAGUAUUAUUCUCAGUUGCUGGGUGCAGUGAAUGAGAAAUCGGAUGCUGGCUACGAGGUCUCUAUCACAGAUUACUGGGGACGUUCUCUCUCUUACCAACUCAUCAGCGCGCCUGAAGGUGGUGUCAGUUAUACCUGGUCAUCAAUCGCUCUGAGCAAGGAUUUCCAGUCUGGAACGAUGCCUAUCCCCUUGGUCAUCGCUGAUGGUCGAGCUCCGGGAGAGAUCCUAGUACCCGCGAACACUACGGUCUUCGAGUUCAACCCCUGGGAAUUUGGGAGCUGGGAUGAAUCUCUGUCCGCCUUUGUCUCCCUAGAAUUCCUGGGAUCGAAUUUCUCAAAAGGGACACUACCAACGGGUGAAAAGUGUGUUCGAGGAUUCGAUAACGCAGGGUUCAUCAUGGGCACGUCGUCAUCCCUAUUCAAUCAAGCAUUCCUCCACAUAAACGAUACCGACGCACCUCCGGCCGUGUCCAACUCAAUCAGCGCCAUUUUAGGCAGAAUCGGGUCCGAGAACAAUGAUAUCGCCGUCUACAAGCCUAACCCUUUCUAUCACUAUGCAAGCCAGUCCAAAUACACAACAUCUCCCUCGUUGACCUUGGUCGACGGCGGAGAAGAUCUCCAGAACAUCCCGCUAGAUCCCCUUCUGCAGCCCCAGCGCCACGUUGAUGUGAUUCUAGCUCUCGACUCGUCAGCCGACACAACUACAAGGUGGCCCAAUGGAACAUCCAUGGUAGCCACAUAUGAGCGAAACGUAGGCUCAUCAGGAACGAACAGUGGCCUCCCCUUCCCCUCUAUGCCUGAUCAGAACACAUUCGUCAACCUUGGGUUAAACAAUCGCCCGACAUUCUUUGGCUGCAAUAGUUCAAACAUCACUGGCUCCGCCCCGCUUGUCGUUUAUAUUCCUAACGCCCCGUAUAUAUACCCGUCCAACGUCUCCACGUUCGAUUUGCAAUACAAUACCAGUGAACGCAACGCCAUCAUUGAGAAUGGCUACGAUGUGGCAACAAUGGGAAAUGGAACACUGGACUCUAUCUGGCCGUCUUGUCUUGCUUGCGCUAUAUUAAGUCGGAGCUUUGAACGGACAGAUACAACCGUGCCGGAGAUCUGCGCGAGUUGUUUCAGGAAGUACUGUUGGGAUGGGACCACAAAUGCCACUACUCCUGGCGAUUAUUAUCCGACGCUGAAACUUCACUAG